UUACACGGUUUUAUUUACUUACUCGCAAGGCGGUUCUACAUUGUUCCUGAUGUUCUUCUCUUUCUCUAUCUCUCCAUAACUGCUUACCCCUUCUUCCUUCAGUUCCUUAGCAGCUCGCUAUUCAUUUGUUUUUGGUCGUUGACCAUAUGUCUACAUAUAUAAUAAUGCGUGGGAUGUAUCUGUCAACAAAAACGAGCCACAAAACUUAUGCUUCCUUAUAUAGUUAAUUACUAAAAAGGUGGAAAUGUUCAUUUAAAAGAUGUUAAAUUUGGAGACAAGAUGUUCCACUCUCAAAAAACACAGCGUUAAUAUUUAUGUUUCUACAUGCAAAGCUUAUUAGUAACUUGGUUAUUCAUUAUUUGGCAUUCUUAAAAGUAAACACGUAAAAUAUUCUAGAACCUUAAAAGCCUGUUGAUCGGAUAUUUAUCGGACUUUUAUUAACUUUCCAUAUAUCUUCAAAAUCGGGAAGAUAAGUCCUAUAACACAGUAUCCCGCUAUUCGUGUUUUAACGUUGCCGCAAAAAUUACCAUAUAAAGUAUUUUUAUUGUCUCACAAUUGUCACAUUUUUGCUUGGGUCUUGUGGAAGAUUCAUUUUUUCUACUCUUUCUUGUGUUUAAAGUCCAGUCUUUUGGCUUACUUACGAAUCUUAAAGGGAAAGCUUUCCAGAAAAAAAAGGAAAAACAGUACAGUACAAUACUUUUUUAUUACAAUAAAAAGAUGGCAGCGUUUUUUGUUACUGACCGUUUUCAAAGUCUAUCCGUUCUUUGAGCCUUCAAAGUCUAUUUGAUCCUUGUGAAAUUCUUCGUCCAGAUUUGUUUGUCGUCAAUCGCCAUUUUAGAUCAUGCACAGACGUCAUACCGUCCAUCGAGAAAUUAACGGGAAGCUCAAGAGCCCCAGUCGCAUUACUGCUGUUUUAUUAAUAGAGAGAUUAAGAGUCACAUUUAUCUCAAACAGCAAACGUGAAUUUGUACCACGUGACCAAGUUUUCCCCUUAAUUGUCGUUUACUGUUUAUUACUUCUACACAAAAAUAAGUAGUUUCACGCCAGUUUUAUCCAUAUUAAUUGUAAAACAGUUUUUAUCUGCUCAUUUUCUAUUCUGAGAAAUUCUCAACUUCAAUCUGACGUUGCCUUUUGUCGUUGAACGUGACUCUUAGGGCGUUUUCCAUUCAACACAAAAUUCCGGAAAUUUCGGUCGCUACAUCAAAUGGAACAGUUUGGUCCGACCGAAAUAUCCGGGACCAGCUUUGAAGGUGGUCUACUUUGACCGGUCUGGUCAUUUCGGUCGGUGGGACCGACAUGUCCCUUUCCAUUUGACAAAAUUUUUGUCCCCAGUACUCCUCUUUUGUAUCAUACAAACGUGAACUUGGAUGAUGAUGAUGAUGAUGAGGAGGAGGAGGAGGAGGACGUAGUCCUUGGAAAGGUGUAGACUAUGUAGCUUUCGCAGCACAUUUUCCGAGGCGACCGAAUGCUUUGGAAUAGUCAGCUAACACAGCAAUAGUAACUUCUCCUUGUUGCAUAGCCGGAAGGAUGUCAUCCCUCGUAGCUAGUGGCACUGUGCUGGUAUUGUGUCCUUUCCUAUAAGCGCUUAGGGUUUCUUUGAGAACUUCCCCCAAAGAAUGUGAUAGAACAUCAGCCUUCUGACUUCCUUCUGGCAAUCUGCUGCCAUAUUGACAAAUUUAAACGGGAGAUUGUCCGGCCCGCAAGUGCAAUCUGAUCGCAAUUUCUUUGUCUCCUGUAAACCACUGAACAGGAGAUCGGUCGUAGAUGGAAGGAAGCAUCACCGUCCUCAGGAAAAGAGUUAAUCAACUAAAGAAGAGCUUCAGCUGAUUUUAAAGUGGCGCCAAUGGCUCGCUCCGGGAUAGACGCAAAGUAGGUAUUCAACUCGGUAGGCUCGAAAGUUCUAUGGAUGACUUGUCACACCUGUUUUGGUGUCGUAGGCGAAAGCGCUUUGUGUUAAAAGUUGCUCUUUGUUAGAUUCCCCAUUCCGUAGCUAAAAGUUCAGCGCAAUCUGGAUUUCCUUGUAUGGGGCGAUUCUUUGAGCUCUUAAUGGUUCAUUGAAACUUUAAAUUCUGCUAGUACGUUGUAACUGGUCAAGGUAAUAAGUUGUAAGUUUAAAUUGUAAGUUUUGCGAGCAUUGCGCAAUUCAAAUGUAAUAAUUUAAGGUUCAUUCCCGGAGUAUGGUUGCUGCACUUGCCGACGAGAUGCCAGCUGAUAACGCUCGUGUUCUUAUCAACAUGUACUUGUCACAAUUUGGUGUCCUCUACGAUCUGUUCGAAAGCCAGCUGUCGAUUAAAGCCUUCGGUUCGCAAUGUUAACGGUUGUGUCGUAAUGAUAUCUCUAUUAACUUCCCUUAAUGGCUGUCGUCUGAAACAGCACAAGCCGAGCGCUUGGCGAUAAUUACAAAAAUGUAAUACAUAGUGAGUGUCAUGGAAACAAUUUCAAGCGAGUAUAAGUAGUUCACGAUGAUCAAAGGCAACCACGUCAGCAAAGGAAAAAUCGACACAAACAACAAGGUGUUUGUUAAGGUGGCUCCCUAGAGUAAAUUGGCCGUGCGCAGCCUGAGCACUAGUAUGGCGCGAGCUUUAAGAUCCGCGCGACGUCCACGCAAAAAUAUAACAAAUAUGGCCCCUUUGUUUCGAAAUAUUCCCCCCAAAAAACUUUAUUAACUUUCUGUUGAAGCUCAUUGUGCAACAAGUUUGAUUAGUGUAGGUCAAACAUUUAUGAGAGGAGACAAUGCUACACCGGUUACAAGUCACUAUCGAUCUCCAUAAGAGUAAACUGUAUAAAAACAAAGCAGAAAUUUUCCAAAGACAUCAAUUCUUUCGCUUCAAAAGUAGAUAAACGUUAAAUAGUCGAAGUAAAUGGUGAGUGGAAACUUUACUUAGAAAACAAAGAAGUAAGUAAACUAACCCAGAAGGAAGCAAUGUUGCUGUUUCUGGCCUUUGGUUCACGGUCAGUGGAAAGAUCUGAAAGAUCGAGCCAAUUCCCGAACAAACACUGAAGAUUGACUUCACUGGCGGAGCUCCUCGGUCACUUUAUUUCUCUUACAUUUGAUUUGAUUUAAGUAAUUCUACAAGUGUCUUUAAGACAAGAUAACAGGAAGUGUAAUGUUUUUUUUGUUUUGCUGACUCUGUCACACUGUUUAAGAAACUUAUCAGGAGAAAGGUUUCCCACUUGAAUUGCAUCCUAAUCGAAGCGAAGGAACCUUUCCAUCGACGAAUCAACAUCCUUGUAUUUUUUCUUGUUUCAAACGUCCUUCAACGCACAUGCAAGAUGCACUAGAAAAUGUUUUUGCACAACGAGAAAUAAUUUUUACUCACAGAUUGACCCUUGACGAAAGCAAUAGUUGUCCGUCGAGACCUACGGUCUUGUACGUGUAGCUGAGGACAUGAUGUACGAUUUAUAGAUCGGCGCCAUCUUCUACAGCAGACUUUUAAAGAAAAACUUCGCCGUCGAAAUUAUCCCUACAGAAGAACAAGGUCGAGAAAGUAUCCGGAAGUGGGCUGACAAUUGAAGAUCUGCAAACAGUGUACAGCAGAUUAGGAAAUGAAGGGCUUAUUGCGAUCCUUGCACAAUCACCGUCUUCAUCUCCGACGAUCGCCAUCCUCACGAGUGACCACCACGGUUCGAAUUUUAGCUACAAUAGUCAAGUACUUCGAAGAAAACAUCCUGUGUUAGGUAUAAAAUUGAAUCCGCUAUCUCUCCUUUUUCAACUGGCGAGAUAUCACCGUAAUAAUACUAAUAAACGGCUUCAAAACAAUGGCUUUCGUACUCUUCAAAGAAACCACAUGUUUUCAGUAGCUUUGUGCAUUAUGCGCAUGCGGGCGUGAUGGCUCGCGCGCGUAUUUUGCUCAUACGACCCCGAACCACGCGUGUUUUUCGGAUUUUUGUGACGUCAGCGCAGUUAAUUAACCGUGAAUUUCUCGCGUUUCCUUCGGUAAAUUUUUUUAAAAAUCGCCUCAUUUCUUAACAGUCGCAGUACCUUUGUACUGUCAUUUUUUUUGUCAAAAUGUGUAAGAGCUAAACUCCUCUAUUAAGAAAAAUUACAAAUUUCAAAAUAUUGGCAAAACCGUCUUAACGACCCCUUGUUUUUUCCACUUUAAAAUGUUAAGCAAUAUCGUUAAUAUAAAGUGGCAAAGUUUAAAGACAUUUCACCGCGGGAAAUUAGAAACAUUAAGGAAAAUGGCCAAAAAUAACAAAAUUACUGCCUGUUUAAGGAUGCGAUGUUUCUAUGGCAACGGCCUUAAUCCAGAAAAUGAAACUUGAUAAAGGAGCCUUCUUAUAUGGGCAACCUUAGCGGUGAAUCUCGUGAACAAAAUCGCUAAGACAAAGUAACUAGAUUUCCUUCUGUAACGUAUGCUUGAUAGCUCGGAUUAUUAGUAAAUACUCUAGGGAGCCACCUUAAGCGUUGGUUUGAAUGGCUUUGUUUUGCAAAUGUGAAGCUGGAUUACUGCGCCGUUGAACCUUCCACCAAAUGGCGAUGUUGCAGCCGCAGAGGAUUAACAGUAACGUGAAGGCAUAUGAAAUCCAAAAAUGAAUGGAAACUUUGUGAGAAAUUAUGAAAUAUGAAAGGUUGACGAGCGCAGAAAUAAGGGCAGCCAAUGUCCAAACUAUGAAAAUAGCCAGGCGAUAAAGUCGCACUGACAAUGUUCGGUGUUUCAGUGGCCAAUAAACAGCACAGCCUCUCAAAUGAUAUUGAGGCUGCAGAUAUUAGCGAGGCCUGAGAGAAAAUGACUUCAACAGCAACGAAGAAUAUGUCCAAAGAUAGAUCUACCUUUGCUUCCCAUAGCAUAAACUGAUCUCCCACGUAAAGGUAAAUGUAACCCGGUAGCGACAGAGUUCCUAUCAUCAAGUCAGCACACGCCAUACUGCAGAUUAGAAACAAGCUCCUCUUACGCAGCUUUUUAGUCACUGCGAAUAAGAAAAGUGUGAGUAAGUUGGAUGCGACUAUUAAAGCAGCCUCCGUUGCCAACACGCUGCAAAAUACCGCUCCUUCGACCUUUGAAGGGAACAGCUCGACUGGAGAUGUUGGAGAUGAGUUGUUUGGGCGAAUGGUCGCUGAGGCGUUGUUCAUUUCUUGGUUUAACGUUAACACCAUUAAGGAGAACUUUAAAGAAUAAAUCACAAGUGCUGAUAGACACCACACGCAGAACUAAUAAGAAAACUCCAUCUGCGUCGCUUUUUUCGUUGAAAUUACAGUUAUUGUAAUCAGGUUUCCUCCUAUGGACUCUUGCUGUGUUCACACGAACAAAAAGUAGUGUUUAAAGUUGGGAGAAUUAUUUUUCGAGUUUGUAGUUAACUAUAAAAAAAACAGAUCUUACGGGGAUAGCCCCUCCAUUAAUGCGUUCACACGAGUCCGUUACCAAAUGGAUCUGAUCCGAUACUUGUUUGGGAGCGGACCAUUUUUGUCCACAUUGGACCGUUCCCUUAGGAGGGUCUGUUCACACGGGAUCGGUUUGACUUCGUAGUCCGCGAAUGGAUCAAAAUGAGUAAAGCUCCAGUUUCCACUGGCGCAGAGUACACGUUUACAAAUUUCACGUUGGCCGCUGAUGAUAACCAAUUUAUCAGAUCAGAUAAGUCUUCCAGCUGGACGCACAAUGCAUUACCUCCUCUCCUAAAAAUUAAUAACAGAUCAUAAAGCCGAUAAGACUCCAAGCGAAAAAGAUCGGGGAAGAGUGAAGGAGAGGAAAUAUGGAGAUAUCAUUGCACAGUUUCAGUUUCGGACUUACUUUCGUGAAAAUAUAGCACUGAGCAGGAUAAAUUUACUACAUAGGAAUUGUAAAUUUCGCUGGCCUGGUAGUACCGCGAAAUGAACCAGUCAAGGUGUUUACCCGGUGCCAGACCCAUUUGGAGUCGGAACGCUUCCAAAUCGAACCCGCUUUUUUGCAGGUCCAAAAAUCGGACCCUGUUGGGAACGGAUAAACAAAAGGCCUAUUAGUCUCGAUCCUUUUUGGAUCGGAUCCAUUUGGAACCAGCUCUGUCUUAAUAUAGCUUUAAAGGGCGUGUUCGAUUGACCGUAUUCCGCAAUAAGAAUAAAUGGAAGAAACUCUACAAAUCAUUUGUUUUGGCUUUCAUUGUCAGUAGAGCCCCCCCCCAAGAAAAACUUGAACGUCCGUGUAGUGACUAAGCUACAUUGCCAAUAAGGUCAGUGAUACCUCCAGCUUCUAGCCUGGCGGACCUUGCAAGCAGUCGUCUUCAGUUGUCCUUUGUUUCACGCAAAAAGAUACUUCUGCCUAAUGACGUCCCUAAUCGUCUGUCAGUAUCCUGCUGUUCUUGCUUCAAAUAUUGCAUAACUUACAAUUUAAAAUAUCAUUCUUGACACUCAUAACGUCACAUUUUCUUCCAAGGUCAUUUUUUCAAAUUACUUUUUUCUACUAACCCUAAUGUGUCAGGUUCGGUCUUACGGAUUUUGUUUUGGUCUAAUUGAGAGCCCUAAAAAGAAAAUGUUCACUCCAUAAAGGCCUCUAUACGGUAUUUUAAAAUGUACGAAUGAAAAGAUGGGAAUGUUCAUUCACGCAAGUGCUGCACGAAAAUCAACAGAAUAAAUGAGGGGAUCCUACUUAACAAACCAGUCAAUUUUGUUGUGUUAAUUGAAAGUUUCAUCAGAUAUUCUGCAAAACUAUCGUAGAAACGCGAUCUUGAAUGUAAACUCAGCAAACGGAGUGCGCCUUUCGGUGCUCGGUAAUUACCGGGACUUCCGGGGGUGGGUGUACUCAACAAAGUUUCAUUCGGGAAGGCUCCGCCCUAAGGUCCAAACCCUUACCCUUUCAUAUACCAUUUUUGACAGAAAAGGUAUCCCUUUCGUUUACCAUUUAUUGACAAAUGAUGGUAACCUUUUCACUUUACAUUCCUUUCUACUACUGCUGUAAAUGCACUGUCUUCUAAAUCUCAGAACUAAUCACACAAUAAACGAUUUUUUGAGAUACAAGCUGCAUCAUGUAAUCACACAACCAGAAGGUUUUCUCGACCACUUCACAGCCAUCAAAAGCAUCUUUUAGCCCUUUUGGGCCUUUCUACAGACCGAAGUGACUGAUUUCGCUACCCUUUCAAAUACCUGAAACCUGAAAAUGAUACCCCCCUUCGGGCGGAGCCUCCCCGAAAUCCAUUAUAGGGAAUACCCCUCACCCCCUCGGCCGGGACUUUUGAGAAACAGGCAUCCUGCAUGUUUGACUGGAUUACUUUCGUGUCCUGUGAUUGGUUUAAGACGCUUAAAUAAAUCAGUUCUAAAGUUGCUUUACUUUUCAGGAAAUUGAGACCGAUGAAACAGCCCAAAAAUCCGCUCAAGUACCUUCUUUUGACGUAAAUAAUUUAAUAGCUGAUCUCAAAGCUUUAAUAGCAAAGGGAAUCAAAUCUAGUACAGGUAGGGAAUUACACUUUUUUGUUUUAUGAUAUUUACUUAUCGUUUCUUACAUCCUACUGCCAAAUUUCAGCUUUGUUGUAACUUCCAACAUAAAUGGUAGUAAGUUUUAUCGAUUGUAAUUUUCUUUAAAAUAAUGUAUA